AUGGCCACUGCAAUUGUUACUGGCGCGACGGGCAUUCUCGGCCGCGAAAUUGUCAGAGAACUGAGUAGCAUGCCGGACGAAUGGUCCAAAAUCUACGCUUUGUCGCGUUCCAGGAAAGAAGUGUUUCCUGAUCAUGUCGUCCAAAGCCAUCUAGACUUGUGCGGCAAGCCUUCGGAGAUGGCAAACGAGCUUCGGGAUAUCGAGGCAGAGUAUGUCUUCUUCGCAGCUUACUUGGAGCAAGAUACGGAGGCAAAGAGCGCCAAAGUCAACGGCGACAUGCUCGAUUCGUUCCUCCAAGCGCUCGAGAUUAACGGCAGCGUUUCCAAAGUCAAACGGAUCAUCCUGAUGUGCGGCGCAAAACAGUACGGCGUCCAGCAUGGUCGGGUGAAGAUCCCCAUGGAAGAAACUGACCCCUGGCUUCCGGAAGAAGAGCUGUUCGCUCCCAACUUCUAUUACCGCCAGCAACGCAUCCUCCACGACUUCUGCGCCAAGCACGCCCACGUCUCCUGGGUCGUAACUUGCCCCAGCGAAGUGAUUGGCUUCGCGAAAGGCAACUUCAUGAACAUCGCAACAGCAGCAGCUAUAUACGCGGCCGUCCAACGCGAACUCGGGUCAGCUGAUCUCGUCUUCCCCGGCGCCGAAGACGCCUACACCAGGGUCACCAUGUUCACAGACGCCCGCCUCCACGGUCAGUUCUGCCGCUGGGCAGCUCUCGAGCCCCGCGCCGGCAAUAACGUCUUCAACAUGGUCAACGGCGACCCGACCUCGUGGCAGGCCCUCUGGCCGCGCGUCGGCCGGCACUUUGACCUGCACAUCCCGUCGGACCAGUUCACGCGUCCCGCCCCGGCGGCGUCGGAGCGCAAGCUCGCGGCCCGCACGCCGUUCUCGCUGGCGGCGGAGGCGAUCGGCGCGCCGUUUGGUGCUCGUGGCGAGCAGUCCGUCAUCCGACAGAGGAUCGACCUCGUGGAAUGGAGCAGGAGCGGCGAGGUCCAGGAGGCGUGGCGACGGCUCGCGGAGCGGGAGGGACUCGAGGCCGACGCCCUCGACAGGGCAUCGUGGGCGUUUGCCGGGUUCGUGUGGGGUCGCGACUACGAUGUCGUGAUGAGCAUGAGCAGGGCGCGUAAGCUGGGGUGGACGGGCUACGUGGACUCGUGGGACGGUUUCGAGACGGUGUUCCGGCAGCUCGAGGACGCCAAGGUCAUUCCCAAGCAACGGCGGCAGUGGUAG